AUGGGGAAUACCACCAGCAUCGCCGCUGGGCGUGACUGUCUGAUAUCCGCUGUGGGAGGUAAUGCAGCUCAUGUCGCGUUCCAGGAUCAGCUACUCUACCAGGCUACAGCCGUCGAUGUAUACAACUUGAAUAUUCCGGUCACUCCGGCGGCAGUCACAUACCCUCAAUCAGCGGACGAAGUUGCCGCCGUGGUGAAAUGUGCCUCAGAAUAUGACUACAAGGUGCAAGCUCGCAGCGGAGGACACAGUUUUGGCAACUAUGGUCUCGGAGGACAGAACGGCGCCAUUGUGGUCGACAUGAAGCACUUCUCCCAAUUCUCCAUGGACGAGUCGACCUACACCGCGACCAUCGGACCCGGAAUCACGCUCGGCGACCUCGACACCGAGCUUUACAACGCGGGCCACCGAGCCAUGGCACACGGGAUUUGUCCGACAAUUCGGACGGGCGGCCACCUGACGAUAGGCGGGUUGGGCCCGACAGCGCGCCAGUGGGGGCUGGCGCUGGACCAUGUGGAGGAAGUCGAGGUUGUGCUGGCAAACUCGAGCAUUGUGCGAGCAUCCGAGACACAGAAUCAGGAUGUGCUCUUUGCCGUCAAAGGAGCAGCUGCUAGCUUCGGGAUCGUCACCGAGUUCAAAGUGCGUACCGAACAGGCCCCAGGCCUGGCCGUGCAGUAUUCGUACACGUUCAAUCUGGGGACCCCCGCGGAGAAGGCGAAGCUCCUCAAAGAUUGGCAAGCUUUCAUCGCGCAGGAGGACCUCACCUGGAAGUUCUACUCCAAUAUGGUCAUCUUCGAUGGCCAGAUCAUUCUCGAAGGCAUUUUCUUCGGCUCGAAGGAGGAGUACGACGCGCUCGACCUGGAGAAGAGAUUCCCCACCAGCGAGCCCGGCACUCUGCUUGUUCUGACGGAUUGGCUGGGUAUGGUCGGCCACUCUCUAGAAGAUGUCAUUUUGAGAUUGGUCGGAAACACCCCGACCUGGUUCUACGCCAAAUCUCUUGGGUUCACCCCUCGCACGCUGAUUCCGGACUCGGCAAUCGACCGCUUCUUCGAUUACAUUCACGAGACCAAUGCCGGCACUCUGGCCUGGUUUGUCACCCUCAGCUUGGAGGGCGGGGCUAUCAACGCCGUCCCAGAAGAUGCCACAGCAUAUGGCCACCGCGACGUGCUUUUCUGGGUUCAGAUCUUCAUGGUCAACCCGCUUGGCCCUAUCUCACAGACCAUUUAUGAUUUUGCCGACGGUCUUUACGAUGUGCUGGCCCAGGCCGUGCCAGAGAGUGCGGAGCAUGCAUAUCUAGGAUGCCCCGAUCCUAAGAUGCCCGACGCCCAGCGCGCGUACUGGCGUGGCAAUCUUCCACGACUGGAGGAGCUGAAGGGUGAAUUCGAUCCAAAAGACACCUUUCAUAAUCCACAGGGUGUUAGCGUUGCGGUUUGA